UAAGUUAUUUUGUUUCUGAAAGUUAACAAAGAGACUAUACUUUUUUGUAUGAGCACAAAAUCAAAAAUCAAAACACGUUUCAACAUAAACAAGUUACUCACGCCAAGCUCCGUCUAUUAAUUAAUCAUUAAAACUUGCGAAAUCUAGGCCUGCCUUUGAAAGUAUUUGAUACCAAACUGAGGGCAAUUUACAACACACAGUAUUGGCUGUCUUAGCGCACACAAAUUAAACGAGCUUUAUCCCAAAGCAGUGCUACCCAAUGUUUCCUAAAUUAUUUUAUGUAACAUGGCCCUGUGUUUUUUCAUUUUAUCAUCUGAGAAAAUGUCAAAAGUCUAUCAUUUAUUGUGCAAAUAAUCUGCAAUUCUGCUUUGUCGCACCCAAAAAUGUGUAAAAUGACUAUAGUAUAUGUUUGCAUCCACAAUUGUCUGCAUCCAGUGCAUUAGGUAUAUGAAAAGCACAUCAUGAAUGAAAUGAAUUAUUGUUAGUAUGUUUACAACUAAGUUUAAACAUAUUGAUUCUUUAAUGUAAGUUUGUCUCAGCUGUUUAAAGCAUUCAUUUAAAUGAUGUCUUCCAUGAGACCAUUUUUUGUUAUUUGACACUUUGAUGUGACACAAAUGUUGAAUGACCAGAUUCUCUUCACACGGUAAAAUGGAAAAAACACAGGGCCAAGUUACUUAAAAUAAUUUUGGAGACAUAGGGUGGCAUUGCUUUGGAAUUGAGCUUGUUUGAUUUGUGUGAGCUAAGAUAGACAAUAUUGUUUGUUGAAACUUGGCCUCAUUUUGAAAUCAGAACUUUUGUUGAUGUGCCUAAAUUUUGCAAGUUUUUAUUAAUGACUUGUAGCCAGUCAUGUAUUUGUUGCCUUCAUCAUGAGGGAUCAGCAAUCAAUACUCCUAGAGCUGAUUUUUUGACUAUUAAAUAUAAUUGUAUAUUAUAUAUGCAUAUGAAUGAAAAAAGGAAAAACAGCAUGUCACCACAGGGUGCUGAUCUGACAAGAUACAAAUAACGUGAACCGCACACUUGGAGUAAAAGGAGAUUGUAUGGCAUUAAAGACCUGUAUUGUUUAAUGGCUUAGGAUGCAAACGGCGUGUUUUGAUCAUCGCAAAAAUGAGGCCGAUGCAUGCUAAGUUUUUAGAUCUCACUAUUGAGCAGUAGACCAGUAGCCUGCAAUGAAGAGGGUGCGGACUGAGCAGAUCCAGUAUACAGUGGCUCAGUACCUGAAAAGGCGGCAGUAUGUGGACACUGAAAGUUCCCUGAAGGGGGCCAAGCUUUCCCAGUCUGCCGAGGAGAUGGCAGCUAACCUCACAGUUCAGACGGAGUCUGGCUGUGCCAACGUGGUCUCUGCAGCUCCGUGUCAGGCAGACCCGCAGCAGUACGAAAUGCAGUUUGCCAGACUGCGCAACUUCCUGUCCGAAGCGGAGGUGCCGUGGAGCCGGGAGGUGAGCGGCGUGCUGUACCCGCUGUUCGUCUACCUGCACCUGGACAUGGCGCGCUGCGGACUGAAGAGCGCGGUGGACAGCUUCUACGGCCGCUUCCACGGGCUCUUCCUGCAGGACGCCGAGCAGCGGGACACGGUGGAGCAGCUGCGCCACGUCCUGUCCUCGCCGGACGUCUCGUCCAACGCCAAGCUCUGCGCCUUCCUGGACCACAAGUACGUGGUGCGCCUGAGCGACCCGGCCUACAGCUACCUCCUGCGCUACCUCCAGAGCGCCGACAACGCCGCCCUCUGCCGGGUGCUCAGCGCCCACGUGCAGGUGGAAGUGACGGCCGUCCGGCGGACUGACUACCAGCUGUACGGGCCGGGCGCCUGGGGCUCCUCGUCGUCCUGCGGCCCCGCGUCCUCCCAGAGGGGGGCGGACCCCGGAGAGGGCCUCCUGGACCCGGGCGGCGCGGCGCCGGGCCUCCCGCCGAACGAGGCGGCGGCCGAGGCGCUGCAAGACUGCAUCAAGCGGGUGAAGGACGGCCCGCCCUCGCUCACUACCGUCUGCUUCUACGCCUUCCAUCACACCGACCAGCUGCUGAAUGCGGCCGAGAUCUCGGCUGACAGCAAGCUCCUGGCCGCCGGCUUCGACAACUCGGCGGUGAAGCUGUGGAGCCUGCGGGCGCGCAAGCUCAAGGCGGAGCCGCACCGCGUGGACGUGUCGCGCAUCCGCCUGGCCUGUGACGUUUUGGACGAGGAGGCUGACGACGAGGACAGCGCCGGCAGCGAGAUGAAGAUCCUGCGGGGCCACUGCGGACCGGUCUACCGCACCACCUUCCUGACGGACUGCUCGGGUCUCCUCUCCUGCUCGGAGGACACCACCAUCCGCUACUGGAACCUGGGCAGCUUCACCAACACUGUGCUCUACCAGGGCCACGCCUACCCGGUGUGGGACGUAGACAUCAGCCCCUGCAGCCUGUACUUUGCGAGCGGGUCCCACGACCGGACGGCGCGCCUCUGGACCUUCGCCCGGACGUACCCGCUGCGCCUGUAUGCCGGCCACCUGGCCGACGUGGACUGCGUCAAGUUCCACCCCAACUCGAACUACCUGGCGACCGGCUCGGCCGACAAGACCGUGCGACUGUGGAGCACCCAGCAGGGGAGCUCGGUGCGCCUCUUCACGGGCCACCGGGGCCCCGUCCUGGCCUUGGCCUUCUCCCCCAACGGCAAGUACCUGGCGUCGGCCAGCGAGGACCAGCGACUGAAACUCUGGGACCUGGCCUCGGGGUCCCUGUUCAAGGACCUGCGAGGCCACACGGACACCGUCACUGGCCUGUCCUUCAGCCCCGACAGCAGCCUGGUGGCCUCCUCCUCCAUGGACAACUCCGUACGGGUGUGGGACAUCCGCAACUCCCACGGGGGGAGCGCCCCCACGGAUGGCUCCUCCAGCGAGCUGGUGGGCCUGUACACCGGCAGCACCAGCAACAUCCUGAGCGUUCAGUUCAUGGCGUGCAACCUGCUCCUGGUGACAGGCACCGCCCAGGAGAAACAGGAGCAUUAGGGCUGUGUUUUUGUGGGCUUCCUGGGGUGUGGGGGUGGAUGGGAGGAUCCCUGCGGUCAGGUAGGGCAGAAACCUUCCUCUGCACUCUGUGUCACAGCUAGUGGUCCGACCUGGUGGUCAUAUUUCAAGGUUAACCUGAUGGCAAGUCACAUCCAUGUGGUAACUUGAACUUCAUCACUCGCUCAGUCACAGACAUUCGCGUUUAUAGGGCUGGCCCCACUGUUGCGGUCCAGCCAAAUAUAGUAUGCUUUGUUAAUAACAUGACUUCAAGAGAAAAUGUAAUUAUCAUGAUUAAAAGAAUUUAAGUGAAGAUCCUAGAGAUAAAAGGUUUAUUUAACAGUCACAGAAAUAGCUUUUUCAUAAUGGUCGCAUCACUCCCUGUUGAACAUUAGUGACGGUGGUCUUGAAGUGGACAGCCUGUAAAAACACUGGCAGGUCUUGUGACCUCGGGAAAUGCCUAGAAUAACCAGGAAGGCCGACACCAAGGGCAGAUCAGCCAGGCCAUUUGGUGUCAUCUGUGGAAACCUCGCCAGCAGAGCCAUUACAUGAGCCUGACAAAGGGACAGCUACCCCCCAUCCAGCACACACAAACCACAGAGCAAGGUCAUAUUUCCAUUUAAAACUGAAUGAGGUGCCAAGCCUAAGCAUUGUUUGUCUGUUUUAUUAGGGAAUUUUUGGUUGAUUUGGAAGAAUGUUCAAUAUACAAACUAUUUUACCUUGUGGACAUUUGUUUAUUUUUUUUGUUUUGUGUUGACACAUCCCUUGCUUGUGAUUUCAAAAAGAGCUACAAUUUCAGGGGCAUGUCACUAGACUAAUGUAAUAUUGUAGGGUUAUAUGGAAAAUGGGUCUGAAUACAAAUCUUAAACAUGCAUAUAGCACGAUUAAUGAAGCUACACGCCUACAGCUGAAGGGAUAAUUCCCACAAAAACUGAAUGUUGUUCGUUUUCUUACCUAGAGAAAUAUAAUUUGACUCAACGGUGUCAGCUCACUACAUUGUUUUAUUUCAUUUUUUUCAAGAUACUCCAUGAAAAGGGUUUGCAAAUGAGUCUAUGGAUGAGUAAGAUCCAUUGGGUUGGGUGGCAGUCCCAUUUUCAAUUCACUCUAUUCAUAAAAUUAAUUGAAAAUCAAAUCACGCACUGAAAAAUUGCCAUGGAACUUCUUUUCUUCCGAGUCCUUAAUUAAAUUUCAAUUAUUUUUGUGAAUUGACCGAUGUAAAGUAGAAUUAGCCCCCAACCCAGCAGCUUAGGAUUUGAUGUAAAAAUCGAAUUAAAAAUUAAAAUGACAACAAAAAAAAUGUUCUUGGAGAUUUUAAAGCAUAACUGUUGCUGGAUCUUCCUCAUCCAUUGUAAAUUUUUUGUAGAGGCUGUUGUAUGAACUAAAAAAAAAAAAAGGGUGAAAGCUGUCAAGCAAGGUGUUUCUCAAGCAUUCGCUGUCAACCUGAACAUUCCCCUUUAGUAGUUAAUCAGAAUCCAAACUGAGUUCGACUGUACUUUUUGUUUGCUUACAAAAUAAAAUAAAGCUUAGCAAUGUUUAGCCUCA